CCUCCGGCCUGCCCAGAGCCGGGUCUGUGUCGUCCCCAGCCCUGCGGCGGUGUAACUACCCCGGACCUCCGGGUCUCGGCCGUCCCGUGGCUCCGGCCGCGGGGCAACAUGGAGUUUGCGGAGCUGAUUAAGACCCCGCGGGUGGACAAUGUGGUGCUGCACCGGCCUUUCUAUCCCGCCGUCGAAGGGACCUUGUGUCUGACUGGUCACCAUCUGAUCCUGUCUUCUCGGCAGGACAACACGGAGGAGCUGUGGCUCCUCCAUUCAAACAUCGACGCCAUUGACAAGCGAUUUGUGGGACCACUGGGUACCAUCAUCAUAAAAUGUAAAGACUUUCGAAUAAUUCAGUUGGAUAUUCCUGGAAUGGAGGAAUGUUUGAAUAUUGCCAGUUCCAUUGAGGCGUUGUCUACCCUGGACUCUAUCACUCUGAUGUACCCUUUCUUUUACCGGCCCAUGUUUGAAGUGAUAGAAGAUGGCUGGCAUUCUUUCCUUCCUGAGCAAGAAUUUGAACUCUACUCUUCAGCUACCAGUGAAUGGAGGUUAAGCUAUGUCAAUAAGGAAUUUGCUGUCUGUCCUUCUUACCCGCCAAUUGUCAUAGUGCCCAAAUCCAUUGAUGAUGAAGCUCUUCGGAAGGUAGCUACAUUUCGGCAUGGAGGACGCUUCCCAGUACUUAGCUAUUACCAUAAAAAAAAUGGAAUGGUAAUCAUGCGAAGUGGUCAGCCACUCACUGGCACAAAUGGGAGAAGAUGCAAAGAAGAUGAAAAGCUGAUAAAUGCUACCCUCAGGGCAGGGAAACGUGGCUACAUCAUUGACACACGAUCUUUAAAUGUAGCUCAGCAAGCUAGAGCCAAAGGCGGCGGCUUUGAACAGGAAGCUCAUUAUCCCCAGUGGAGGCGGAUUCAUAAGUCCAUUGAGAGGUAUCACAUUCUUCAGGAGAGCUUAAUCAAACUUGUGGAAGCUUGUAAUGACCAAACACAUAACAUGGACCGAUGGCUCAGUAAAUUGGAGGCUUCUAACUGGCUGACUCACAUCAAAGAGAUUCUUACAACCGCCUGUCUAGCGGCUCAGUGUAUCGACAGGGAAGGGGCAUCCAUAUUGAUUCAUGGAACAGAAGGAACUGAUUCCACGCUUCAGGUUACCUCCCUGGCCCAGAUCAUUUUGGAACCGAGAAGCAGGACCAUCCGUGGUUUUGAGGCCCUGAUAGAAAGAGAGUGGCUACAGGCUGGUCACCCAUUCCAGCAGCGCUGUGCACAGUCAGCCUACUGUAAUAGUAAGCAGAAGUGGGAGUCACCUGUAUUUCUUCUAUUCUUGGACUGUGUGUGGCAGAUACUUCGUCAGUUUCCUUGUUCUUUUGAAUUUAAUGAGAAUUUCCUCAUCAUGCUCUUUGAGCAUGCAUAUGCCUCACAGUUUGGAACAUUUCUGGGCAACAAUGAAAGUGAAAGAUGUAAGUUAAAGCUGCAGCAGAAAACGAUGUCUCUGUGGUCCUGGGUCAAUCGGCCCAGUGAACUGAGUAAAUUGACCAAUCCUCUCUUUGAAGCCAACAAUCUGGUCAUCUGGCCCUCAGUUGCUCCACAAAGUCUUCAGCUGUGGGAAGGUAUUUUCCUACGUUGGAACAGAUCCUCCAAGUAUUUGGAUGAAGCAUAUGAAGAAAUGGUUAACAUCAUUGAAUAUAACAAGGAAUUACAAGCAAAAGUAAAUAUCCUUAGGAGGCAGUUGGCAGAACUGGAAACUGAGGAUGAGAUGCAGGAGAGUCCAUGAAAGAUCUCCCCACAGCCAAUGAAAGGACCUUCCUGGACCUGUAUCCACCUCUCUUUCCUUCGGCCCUUCAGUUCACUUUUACACAGUAGCCUUGAACUUAAGGCUUUAGAUGUGAGAACCCUCUAAUGUAGUGGAUUUCUCAAUACUUUAUGAAUGAAACAUACUGUAAUUACUCAUGUUUCACGUGGCCUGUUAGGCUUCUUUACUUUGGGAGCAGAAAGGAGGUGCUAGUCAUUUAUUUUAUGUGAAACAGGUGACCUAUUUAAUGCCAUUUGUGUUAUAUGCCAUUUAAUCAUAAAAUUCUUCCUGUGUCUACUUUCCAGACAGUGCUCCAGACCAGUCAAGGAUAUGAUUAAUCUCUUUAGGAAAUAUUUGUUCAUUUUUUAAAAGAUUAGACUUUUAAACACUCCAAAUGUAGAAAUAUUUUUCAAAACUGAAAUGGUUGAAAAACCACAAAUUUUGUGAUUAACAUGCCGUUUCCAGUACCUUUGCCCUUCUCUUGAAAAUAGCUUUGGAUUAAGAAAGCUGAAUUCAUUCUCAUUCUGGUUUACCAAGAAAGGAAAAUCUGAAUAUUUAUUCAAGGUAAAUUAUUUUUACAAGGAGUGUAGGUUUAAUCCUGUGAUAUUUACAUUAAGAAGUAAAUUUUAACAGUAGUCCUUAAAGUUUAUGUGCAAUAUAGAAACAAGGUAGGAAUUUGUUACUGAUAUGGUAUAGUUACUGUUGAAUUGGUUUUUCAGGUUUUUGAGCAUACAUAAUAAAGUGCAUAUCAAAUGCUGGAUAUCAUAUUAAACUGUCGUUUAGGGUAGAUGUUAAUUUGUUAUAAUUAAGCUACAAAUAUGGUUUCCUUAAACCAGAGAUGCACUGCCCUUGUCUGAAGUUCUUAUUGCACUGGUUUAUGUAUGUAUGUGUGUUCAGUUUAUUGUGUUUUAUUUUUAAGUGUUCUGAGAGUUCACUAAUAACUAAGCUUAAAACUUUCAUGUUGGCUUGAGCCUUUUGAACAUUUAUCUGGACUCUGCUGAUUUGUCCAUUAUUGUUGGGCAAAUAUAAUUGAAAUGGCGGUGAGUUUAUGAACAUGACAAAGCUAUGUUUUAAACUUCAGAAACAGAUUGAAAUGUUUUAAUGUUAUGACUGUAUUUAUGCUAUGCUAGUUUAUGCCUGCUACUCUAAAAGUCUGUGGGUUCAGUGCUUUCUAUAUACAUUCUGUUUUGUGACACUGUUCAUUUUAACAAAUAUUAUGAAUUUUAGUUUUCUAUUAAAAGGAUAGCUGAAGAAUAAUGUUUAAUACUAUUUUCACCCCAUCUGUAUAUAACCAUUUCAGUGUAAAGCACACCAAAACUGAACCCUGCUUUAGAGCUGUGUAUUGAGCUAAAAAGAUAAUUUUAAAAAAUUGACUCUAGCAUCAACUAUGACCACAUUCAGAAGCCUUAGAAAGUAGCAAAUACUUUUUAUCUCCAGUUGCCCAAGCUUCCUUUUUUUUUUUUU